CAUCAGUAUCAACGUUGGUUAACUUCAGAGUGCACCAUUAAACGAUCCAAUUCAAAUGAUUAUGUAGCAUCUUCAAUAUUGGUUAUUAUUGUUGGAAGUUAUUUCGAGAGUUUAAGCCUUACGUUGAGAAUUGAUGCUACUGACUAUGAGCAAAAAUUAUGCUCUGAAAUGCACGGAUGA